CUGAUUAUUAGGGUUUGGUGAAGGUGAGAGUGUAUCUACGAUGGGCGAGAAGGGGGAAAACAAGGAAAUUGUGAGCGACAACCCUUAUUAUGGCACAUUCCAAGGCGUCACAAAUUAUUAUCCUCCUCAAUACCCUUCGUCUUCUUCCUCCUCUCAUCACCAACAGCAAGGCUAUCAUGGUUUUCCAGGCGUCACAAAUUAUUAUCCUCCUCAAUACCCUUCGUCUUCUUCCUCCUCUCAUCACCAACAGCAAGAGUAUCAUGUUGUUCCAGUUUAUGCCCUUCCUGAAAGAAAACAUAGACUUCCCUUUUGUGGACUUGGUGUAGGUUGGGUUUUGUUCAUAAUUGGUUGGUUUCUUGGUGGUGUUCCUUGGUACCUUGGAGCUUUUGUUUUAGUAUUUGUGCAAAUGGAUCAUCGAGAAAAACCUGGACUAAUUGCAUGUGCAGUGGCUACGUUGGUUACUAUGAUGGUGGUUGCCCUUGGUGUCACACAGGCAGAUCUUCAAAAGUUGACAUGAAGAACAAAAUUUUACUCUAUCUUUUACCGUGCACAAAACCAUGAAUUAUUGUAAUUACUUUUAACUUCGGU